UCUGGUCACCGGACGCCUCGCGCUGUUUACUCCUGAAGUCAGCACGUGGAAAUAAAGCACGGAUGUUUACAGACUGGCUGCACUUUAUGGACGAGGUGGCUUCAUGUUGUUUACUUUGAUUUCCGCCGGCUGUCACAUCUAUCUGAUCACGUGCGGAGGUUUUGACUGGUCGCAGUGAGAAGGUACUGGUUGUAGAGGUAAAUGCCGGCCAACUGGACCUACUAGUACGUCUUGUGUUUUCAGUUAUCUUGACACUGCACGCGGGCUGAGUCAUGGGGAUACGUCACUGACCCCCAGCAAAGCACGAGCCAGAAGACUGAACUGAGCAGCUCAUAUUAAGUGGACUAGUAGAGCCUAUAAUAAUAUCAUCAUGAUUGGAUCUCCAGACUUGCUGGCUUUCACGACAGACACCGAUUUCUUAGAACGAUCGACAGACUCGCUCGGACUUCCAGCCGAUCUGUCCGUUCCUCCUUAUCCAUACUCGGAGGACGCCUCGCCAUGGUCAAAGACAUCCAGCGUUGGCUUCAAUAAGGAUUUUAUUCUUAUAUCGGAGUUCUCUGAGCAAGUAGGUCCCCAACCAUUACUAACCAUUCCGGAUGAAACCAAAGCAUGUGGCUCGUUCGAUCUGAACCACUUCUCGCUCAGGAUAAUGUCCGUCGACUAUCAGACCACGUUCGCAGGCCCUGCAAGUUGUGGACAUCCUAAACUGAACUUUGUCGAAGAUUCAAAAGUGGUGCUGGGGGAUUCUAGAGAAGGCGCCUACGCCUACGUGCAUCACUUAACGCUGUACGAUCUGGAGGCGCGGGGGUUCGUCCGGCCGUUCUGCAUGGCCUACGUGUCCUCUGAAGAGGAAAAAAUGAUGCAUUGUUUCCGGCAACUCUCAGCAGAGUUCUCCAAGGCUUCUGAGUGUCUGAAGACUGGAAAUAGGAAGAACUUUGCCAACGAAGUGGAUAAAAAACUUUCAGACUUGGAGUAUACUCGAUUAAUACUGCUGAGGGAGAUAAACCGAGAUAGGCAAAAUAAAUUAAAAGUUGGCGAGAGGAACGUAAUGGAAACAAAGACGAAUACUGGAGCGACAAGGGAAAAGGAAAGAAAAGAUAACGAGGACAAUGACUUGCUGCUGACCACAAAAGAAGAGGAAUUGAAAGAGAAACAGCGAUGUAGAUCGUCAUUUAUGGAAGUUGACAAAAACGACAGUGUGCCAGGGUUUGAUAAAAGGGGAAACGAGCCAGAAUGUGACUUGGUUGUUAUGAGCAAUCGAAAUGAAAAAAGCAGAUCGAGAAAUGAUCGAGUAUUUGAGCAGCCCAAAGAAACGAAGGCAGGUCAUAGUGCAGCAUGUCAGUCAGUCAUGUGGGUGAAUAAAGCAGAGGAGUUGGCUCAUGUGGAAAAAGCCAUCCAGGAACACAGGAGUCUUUUGAAACAAAUCACCUCCUAUCCGAACAGGAAGCUCAGAAACCCAGAGUUCUUGCCAUAUGAGCCAGAUGAUGCCUUUCAUUCUCUGGAUUCAGACUUAGACCCCAACAUACUGUAUUCCCAGAGCCCAGAGUCAGUGGAGGAAUGCAGCGAUUGCUCACAUGCACUUUCACACACUCCGCAACUGGUGAGCUCAAGCAUGUGUCGACAGUUUGACAAGCGUCUGAAGAACCUGGAUGAGCUCUGCGACGAGUACUUCCUGCAGCAGGCGCUGAAGCAGCUCCGCUCCACCGAGAAGAGUUUUCGUGGGAACAAUAGCUACCUCCUCUCACAGCAAAGGACUCAAAACUUGCUCCGUCACCUAAAGUCCACGAACUUCCUAUUUGAAGAUUUUUGCGACCUGGAGGAAGAAACAGGUCAGCAGUUAUCCAGACUACAGUCUCGGUCAGCGCUGCUUUUUCCUAUUUCCCCACUACAGAGUGAACCUGUAAGUCUCGACUCUUACACAUCAUGUGUGGAAAUGGUGCCAAUCAGGCUUGAGCUCCACAGAAAUGGACCCGACUCUGUUCCGACCUCACCGUGUGAUGAUCUGCCUUUGGCACCUAACUUCUCAAAUGAAGACACCUGCAAGAAUGAGGAAGUUUCCAUGCCAAUGAAGGAUAGCAUAAGCAGUGGAGAGAGCAUCGAGGUGCUAGGAACAGAGAAAUCCUUUCGAACUCAAGGCCCUAUUUAUACCACGGAAACCGUUCCACAGAGACCAAAAGCAUUCCCAGCAGCCCCCUUUGAAGGACGAAAAAGGAGAGUGGUCACUCGACGGGAAAAUAGCGAGGACAGCAUUGAGGUGCUUAGCACUACAGAUUCCAUCAUACCAGAUGAUUUGAGGGCCUCAUACCCUACUGCCAUCCAUGAGGAAACCCCAGAGCACGAAGGAGAAGGGAAUGACUGUAUGCACAGCACUGAAGAUGUUUUGAUUCAGUGCAAAGAUAAACGCCAGGAAUGCCCGAGCUCCCCUAGCACCCCUACUAUAGUCAUAAACCCACUAGAUCCACACAUGAGCUUGAACUUGUGUACUUUUGGUGCCCAUUCUCCUCUAAGUGAGCCAGGAUCUCUCCAAGACAGGCCUUUCCUAUUUACACCAGAUGAUUUCUCAGAUUGCACCAGUUACCAAAGCCAUGGCUCCACAGGCUCUACACUGUCUCUUGAUCUCCGUGGGGAAAAAAGUACAGCCGGGAAUCGGAGAAAGCGUGCCAGGUUGGGACGGGCUGCUCUGAAUUUCCUACGCCAGUUUCCGUUCGCCGUGCACGCCGUGUACAGCCUGUUGAGUGGCCGAACAGUGGUGGUGCUGGGCAGCGAGGAAAGAGUGGUUAAACGCUUGGUCACAGCACUGACCAUGUAUACUCCUCAUCUCUCGAGGUCCAGAGGAAACAUCCAGCCCUGGACAUCAAACCCUUUGCACAUUACUGAUCUGCUAACUUGGAAACUCAUCGGCUAUAACAGAUUGGCUUUUCCUUCAUCUCCCAGCAUGCCACCUUGCCUAGUUCACUUUAGCAGGUACCUCAGUGUCCUGGAUGUGGACCAGAAGACCUUACGCAGCCCGGCCUAUAAAGGUUCUCUGAUUUGUCCAUUGGUGGAGGCGAGGAUGCACACCAUGCACGGCACCACCUACUUCCUGUACGUGCAGAGUAUACUCAGUCAGCUUGUAUCUAGAGCGUUCCUGCUCACGUUCUCUCAUGGGCUCCAGCAUCCCAGCACGGAGGCCGGGCCUGAGCAUGUCCUCGGCGAGUUCCAUAAUGAUGAUCUGAAGAUCCUCCACUACCUUUCAGAGCUCAUCACACAACAUGCGACAGGAACCUCACCGACAGUUCUGCGAUUCAGCUACAGUGCUAGCACGGUUUUUAAAACCUGACCGUGAAAACGACACAGCUGCUAAUUUAGCGGGGCUCAAAGGCGUCUUCGCGUUCUGUUACACAGGUGGAAAUCGCAACCCAGCAUUAUCAAAGUUGUUUUAAGUAUAUUUAUUUCUUGAUUUUUGGAUUGAUUAAUCUCAAUAACGCCAUCGACUUUGAAUUAGUUUGAUUCGAUGGGGUCUGUGAACUGAAAAAGUCCCUUACUGCAAAAAGUAACACAACCCAUGCUCUAGUGAUCACCUGACUGUCAAAGUGUUCGUCGUACUGCUUUAAAAUGCACUUGAAUGAAAAACAAAAAAUUAGGACAGUGGUCUUGUGCUUGGAAGGUAUUCUGCCCCACUUUCUCUGUCCGCUGGAGAAAUCCAGUGCGUUCAGUGUAAAUAGCAGGGCACACCGAAAAGGCCAAAAACUAUAAUCCUAAAUCCCCAAAUCCUUGUGAUUAUUUUAUUGAUUGCCAGAACAGACAGACAUGUGCUUGUAGUCUUGGGAAUAGCUCAUAUCGCAGCACCUUUAAUACACAUAUAUAUAUAUAUAAUACUUGACACCUUUAAGAAUUUUUAACCACAUUUUGCGCUGAUAACGCACUGAGAGAAUUCACUGGAUACACAGCAAACCAAUACCACUCAGGGGAAAGGAAGUACUACUAAUUAGUCCUGCUUGAGAUACACGUUUACUAGAAACACCAGUACACCUGUUCCUUCAUCCAAAUAUCCAAGUCACGCAGCAGCAGCGCAACGCACACACUCGCGCUGAUGCACGUCAAGAUCUUCAGUUCAGUUCCAAUACCAAACCAGGCAACGUUUUUCCAAUCCAGUUCUGGUGCUCACCAUCGCCUCGGGUUCUCGUUCUUGGCUCACGGGAGGGGAACCUGGUGCGCUCUUGUAGUAGACUGGUACCAAAAUUCAAAAAAGUGCUUAUUUAACCCUCAUCCUACCAUGCUAUUUUACACCUUAAUCUUACCAUGUGGGGUCCGUUUGGACCCCAAUACUUUUCUUUAAAAUUAAAGCUUAUAAAGACAAAAUCACCAGAUAAGUUUUGUUCAGAACAUCUUGUAUUAAUAACAGCAAUACACUAAAGGGCCCAAGGCAUAAAGAACACACUUAACCUUCAUCCUACCAGCUAAUUUUACAUACACAAACUACCAGGCGGGGUCCGUAUGGACCCCAGGAGGGAAUACCUUGAAAUCAAUGCAGUAAGAACCAAUUCAAUGCAGCAAACAGACAUAACUUUAUUGAAGAACAAAAUCCACUAUGGCUGAAUAUCAAUGAUGUAUUAUAAAUGCAAUAACAUUGCAAUAAUAUUGCAAUAACUAGCAUACAUGUAGCAAAUUAUAGUGCCACAAAAAAAAAAUUGGCAUUAUAUACAUGAUUUUUGCAGCUCAUGCAGCUGUAAAACAUUCUGGAUUACAACUUAGGUCUUUUCUUACAGAAUUUAAAACAAAAAAGUAAUUGUAAAAUAAUUUAGGGGUUUUGUUUUGCAGCCUGUGCUUAUUGCAGCAGUGGGGUCCACACGGACCCCAAGAAGGAAUGCCUUGGUAGUUUCAUUAUGGAACAUAAAAGAAAUAAAAGAAGUUAACUUUCAGUGUGCUAUUCAAUUAUAAAAUGAAAGACAGAUAAACUUUACUCUGGGGUCCGGUUGGACCCCAGUAACAAAUUAAUUAUACCUUCACAAUGCAAAAAGCUGAUCUUCCGGUGCUUUAGUGUUUUAAUUAAGACAUAAAUUCCGACAAAUUCAUAAAACGGUGAGGCAGUAUGUCACAUAUUUUUAAAAUGGCAAACAAACAUAUAGGUGCGGGGUCCAGAUGGACCCCACUUGGUAGGAUGAAGGUUAAGGAGUUAAAGGCAUUUUUGAGACAAA